AUGCAGUGGAGCUACUCGCGCAUUGCGUACGUGAGCAUCCUCUUCUUCGUCGCCGGCGUCGCAGAAAUCGGCGGCGGAUGGCUUGUCUGGCAGGCCGUGCGCGAGCAGAAGCCGCGGUGGUGGGCGGUCGCUGGCGGUGCGGUGCUGGUGCUGUAUGGGUUUGUGCCGACAUUGCAGCCGCUGAACGAUUUCGGAAGACUGUACGCCGUGUACGGCGGCGUCUUCAUCGGCAUGUCUUUCGUGUGGGGGUACCUCUUCGACGGGAUUGUGCCCGACACCGGCGAUUGGGUC